AAAAAUAAAACAAAACACAUAAAAGUGGCUUUGUUCUGGACUCGGGCGGAAUCCAACCUCAGCUUACCCGGGAAAAAAAAAAAAUUUCAGAAACUGAAAAUGAAAAUCAUGGGGCUUCUCAGCCGCCACGCCACCUUCCACCCUCCACAACCCCUAGUUCCAUCUAUUCGUGACGGAGCCCUCAGACAAGUGGGGUCCAAACGAUGCUUCUCUACGCAGUCGGAGGACCCUGAGCUGAAUGACUUCAUGGAGUACAUGGAUUCUUUGAAGAACUACGAGAAAUUGGGGGUCCCCAGUGGCUCGGGUACAGACUCGGAGGACGGGUUCGAUCUGGGUCGGAUGAGACGGCUCAUGGAGCGGCUUGGCAAUCCUCAGUCUAAGUUCAUGGCUGUUCACAUUGCUGGGACAAAAGGAAAAGGAUCAACUGCAGCAUUUCUUUCCAAUAUUUUACGAGCAGAAGGAUAUUCUGUUGGUUGUUACAGCAGCAGCCCACAUAUUCAGACUAUCAGGGAACGCAUAUCAUUGGGAGGAUUUGGUGCACCAGUGUCAGCAAAGACAUUAAAUUGUAUUUUUCUUCAGUUUAAAAAGACUCUGGACCAGGCAAUGGAGCAGGAAAAUGGGAGUAUUAGUCAUUUUGAGGUUCUCACUGCAAUAGCUUUCACCUUAUUUGCUCAAGAGAGAGUUGACUUUGCGGUUAUUGAGGCGGGGUUGGGGGGUGCACGGGAUGCAACAAAUGUUAUUUCUAGUUCUGGACUCGCUGCAUCAGUCAUAACAUCAAUAGGUGAGGAACAUUUGGAUGCGCUUGGAGGUUCUUUGGAAAGCAUUGCCAUCGCAAAGUCAGGAAUCAUUAAACAUGGCUGCCCAUUGGUGCUGGGUGGGCCAUUUCCUCUACAUAUUGAUCGCAUUCUUCGUGAUAAAGCAUUGUCAAUGUCUUCUCCUGUAGUAUCAGCCUCUGACGGUGGAAAUAGAAGUACCAUAAAAGGUCUUAGCAUGCUCAAUGGUAGACCUUGCCAAUCUUGUGAUCUACUAAUACAAGUUGAGAGGGACUUUAAGCUGUUCAUCGAGUUAUUAGAUGUGAAACUGUGCAUGCUUGGAAAUCACCAACUUAAAAAUGCAGCAACUGCCGCUUGUGCAGCACUCUGUCUUCGCAAUCUUGGUUGGAGAAUUUCAGAUGGAUCUAUUAGGGUUGGUUUGGAGAAUACGUUCUUGCUUGGAAGAAGUCAAUUUCUCACAUCAAGAGAAACUGAGGCAUUGGGCCUACAUGGAGCGACAGUAUUGCUGGAUGGAGCCCACACCAAAGAAUCUGCUAACGCGUUGGUGAACACUAUUCGAAUGACAUUUCCAGAGGCAUCAUUGGCUCUUGUUGUUGCAAUGGCAAGUGACAAAGACCAUAUAGGUUUUGCAAGAGAGUUUCUUUCAGCGGGGGAAAGAUUCCGUGCUGUCUUUUUGACAGAAGCUGACAUUGCUGGAGGCCGAUCACGAACAACGCCAGCUUCUUUAUUAAGAGAUUGUUGGAUCCAAGCUUCAAAAGAAUUGGGCGUUCCUAUUGUUCAUAAUAGAUCUGCAAAAUCUGAAGAAGAUUUCGAGGAUCAAUUUGUUUCUUCUGCAAGCAAAGCGGAAUGUGGAACCAUAUUAGCUGCAGACAGUUCCUUAAAUGUUUCAUUGAAGAUUGCAAAUCAGAUUCUCCGAGAAAGAUCAGGGAAUGGGCGGAGUGUUAUUAUGGUCACUGGAUCUUUGCAUAUCGUUUCAAUGGUACUAGCUGCUCUCAAUAGUUAAGGCAGAUGCUUUUCUUUAUUUGUUUGUAAUUCAUGAUGUUAGCAUAUGAUAAACGAUAUCAAGCACUA